GGGCUCCACGCAGCGCAUUUCGCUCGGGCGCUGCCCCAGGCGCUCUGGCAGCCCUCGGACAUCGACCCCCGGGCUCUGCGCAGCAUUGCUGCCUAUGUGGAGGCCACGCAGCUGCCCAACCUGCUGCCCCCCAUCCUGCUGGACGUGUCAAAGGGCUGGGAGACCUGGGGGGGCACCCAGCCCGCCACCCUCGACCUCCUCGUCAGCAUCAACAUGAUUCACAUCACAGAGCUGCGGUGCACCGAGGGCCUGUUCAGGGGUGCCGGGGUGCUGCUGAAGCCCGGAGGUUUGCUCUUCACCUAUGGGGUGGGUCAC